GACGGAGGCUCCGACCGGCUCACACGAGCUCUGCCUCCCGACGCAGCAGCUCCUGCCUCCUCAGCGGAGCCUUCCUGGGGACACCGUUAUCACUGUUACUAUUAAUAGUAUUAUUAUUAUUCUCCACGGGGAUUUGUAUCUCCCUUCUACCGACCGGAGCGGGGAAUCAUUUUAUCUCGCUUUCCCUCAAGUUGUCGCGCGGCGACGUGACAUCGUCGCGGCGCCUCGCGGGGGGAAAGUGAGAGGACGGAUGAGCGAGGGGUGUUUUUUUGGGGGGGAGGGGGGGCGACGACAAGUCAGAAAUACCGGUCACUCGCUCCGGCGCUUUUUGAAGCAUGGACCUGAACGCACGCGAACUGCAGCGGGAACGCGUCCCGCGGAGGGAUUUAUGGCGGUUUCUGAACUCUGCGAAUCUGACAUGAGGAAACGUCUCAGCAGCGGGUAGUUCAUGAAGUUUUUGUCGUCCGACGCGUAAACCAUCGCUGACCUUUUUGAUGAAAUGAACUUGUUCUUUGUGUUGGACUAUUCUUUGUUUUGUCUUUAAAUCGAGAAAGGGAGAAUGCGUUCAACGGUUAAAGCCAGCGUCCUCUAUGUGCUACUGGUCCUUUGGGGCGGCGGUGGUGGUGGAGGUUGGGCCAUUAGCUCAAUAGACCCAGACUGGUCAGGAGAGGGGAGAUGUCAGCACAUCAACAUCCCCCAGUGCAAAGACAUCGGCUACAACAUGACACGCAUGCCAAAUCUCAUGGGCCACGAUGACCAAAAAGAGGCGGCGAUAAAGCUGCAGGAGUUUGCGACGCUGAUACAGUUCGGAUGCCACAGUCAUCUCAAAUUCUUCCUGUGCUCGCUGUACGCACCCAUGUGCACGGAGCAGGUUUCAAACCCCAUCCCAGCAUGCAGGGUUAUGUGCGAGCAGGUAAAGCAGAAAUGCUCGCCCAUCUUGGAACAGUUUAACUUUCCCUGGCCCGACUCUCUGGAUUGCUCCCGGCUGCCAACCAAAAACGACCCAAACAACCUCUGCAUGGAGGCCCCCAACAACGGCUCGGAUGAGCCUCCCAAAGUCUCCCACACCCCGCCUCCAGAGUUCCGGCCCCAGCGGCCUCUAGGCGGGCAGGGCCUGCACCUGAAGGACAGCGGCAGCAAGCGGGCCUGCAGCAACCCCGGCAAGUUCCAUUUUGUGGAGAAGAGCGAGUCCUGUGCCCCCAAGUGCUACCCCAAAGUGGACGUAUACUGGAGUCAGGGAGACAAGCAGUUCUCUCUGGUGUGGAUAGCCAUCUGGUCCAUCCUUUGCUUUGUCUCCAGCGCCUUCACCGUGCUCACUUUCCUCAUAGACCCUCAGCGAUUCAAAUACCCGGAGAGGCCGAUCAUCUUCCUCUCAAUGUCCUACUGUGUUUACUCUGUGGGCUACCUCAUCAGACUGUUUGUGGGGGCCGACAGAAUAGCCUGUGACAGAGACACUGGGGUUCAGUAUAUAAUCCAGGAGGGUCUGGAGAGCACCGGCUGCACCAUCGUCUUUCUCAUCCUGUAUUAUUUUGGCAUGGCCAGCUCCCUCUGGUGGGUUAUCCUGACCCUCACAUGGUUCCUGGCUGCAGGGAAGAAGUGGGGCCACGAGGCUAUCGAGGCCAACAGCAGCUACUUCCACCUGGCGGCUUGGGCCAUCCCGGCCGUGAAGACCAUUACCAUUCUGGUGAUGAGGAAGGUGGCGGGAGAUGAACUGACGGGCGUCUGCUACGUGGGCAGCAUGGACGUCAAAGCUCUCACGGGCUUUGUGCUCAUUCCCCUCUCCUGCUACCUUAUUAUCGGCACUUCGUUCCUGCUCUCUGGCUUUGUGGCCCUCUUCCACAUCCGUAAGAUCAUGAAAACGGAGGGAGAGAACACGGACAAGCUUGAGAAGUUGAUGGUUCGCAUCGGGGUCUUCUCCGUGCUCUACACCGUUCCGGCCACCUGCGUCAUUGGCUGCUAUUUCUACGAGCGGCUCAACAUGGACCACUGGCGCGUGGUGGCGGCGGAGCAGAAAUGCACGGACGGCGGCGGGCCGGAGUCCGACGAGUGCGCCAUGAAGACUUCCAUCCCCGCCGUUGAGAUCUUCAUGGUGAAGAUCUUCAUGCUGCUGGUGGUGGGCAUCACGAGCGGCAUGUGGAUCUGGACCUCAAAGACGCUGCAGUCGUGGCAGAACGUGUUUAGUAGGAAGCUGAAGAAGAGGACGAGGAGGAAGGCUGCCAGUGUGUUUACCAGCAGCAGGCCUUACAUCAAGCCUCACCCGUCUCUCAAAGGGCACAGUACCAAGUAUGAACCCACACGGGCCCCUCCAACGUGUGUAUAGGCUGACUUUCUUUGUACAAACCCCAAAAAUACCCGUAAAGCCCUUACCUAAAUGAGACUUUGUAAUCAGCGGGCCAUCAAGAGAAUCAAGGGUCAUGUUUUAUUUAUGAAAAACGCGUUGAAGAUAAUGCUAUGGUUUUUGUCUGUGCGUGUCUUCAGCGAGCUCAUGCAAACAAAAUCUGCCCUUGUUUUGAAGAAAAAAAAAAGAUGUGCCACUCCUGGAUUUACUUAUCCCUCUGAGGAAAAAGAACUCACUGUCCCACACAAAAAGAGUGGAAUAAACCAUUUAGAUGUGCUGUGGGGUAACUUAAAUAAUGUGCAAUAGAUGUUUUCUUUACAGGCAAAAAAAAAAGAACCACUUACUGUACUGUUAUUGACAGAUUACAGACAAUGAAAGGACCCCAGUGACGAUGGAGGCAGACGGUCAGAGAGAUGAGUGUUGUGUUUUCAAUGGAAAUCAAGGCAGUGACAUAUAUGUUUGAACUGGAGUGAGAGCAGCUUUUGAAAACAGCUCAUUAUUUGUGAGGCAAAAUCCAUGCCAUAAAUUAAUCAGACACUCGCUAUUGAAAAGUGGAUAUUUCCUUCUUUUUUUUUUGUUCUUGGCAGUUUUAUAGCACAAGGAAACGUGUAUAUAUUUCAAAAAAAUAUAUAUAUAGAAAAAAUAAUAAAACGUUCUAGUUUUAAAUGUUUGCUGAGCCCAAAUGUUGUGUUGCAACUGCGUUGUUAUUUUGUCUCCUGUCAGUCUUCACUUUCAUACGACUGGAUUAAGCUUGUGUUUGUUUUUUGAUUUAGUUUAGUAAUUAUUUUACUGCGCAGGACUUGUUUUUGCUUGACGCUGUUCAGUUGGGAGGAGUCGUUUAAAGAAAAUCUAAAUCAUUAAUUUGUAUAUGGGAUAUGAGAUAAACCAGAGUUGGGUUUUAAUGAUAUGUUUUGCAGACAGAAUAGCUUUAAAUUGAAUAGACUGAAGCAAAAUAGUUUACAUGGCUAAAACAGACAUUUUAUUAUAGUAUUAACUGAUUGUCAUAAUUGGUUCUAUGACCAGUUAGGAUCAGAUCAUCAAUCUAUUAGAAACAUGGAAAACAUAAAUCCCAUUUUUAAAUGUACAAAAAGAGAUGUAAAAAUGUUUAGAUGUUGGUUCUAAACUGAACACACACAGGAAGCGUUAAAAGCGCGUUUCUGUUGCUGUUCUAAAUAAUAAAAGGAAACAAUGUCCUCCGGGUUGCGGCAUCAAAAAACAAAAGAGGUGGGUCCAUGGCGUUUUAUUUUCUCUUCAUUUUCAAUGAAAAAAAAUCACAUAUAGUUUUAUAUUUAAUUAGUUAACAUAAAAUCACACUUUAUUCACAGAUUUUGCAUAGGGGCUUUUGUAAUUAUAAUACAUAAGGAUUUGAUGAUAGAAUUAUCUUUGGAACAGUGUGAUACAGUAUUACAUUUACAGGAUAAAUUAACAUAUAACCAAUAUUCAUACAGAUGAAACGGGAAAGUGGUGGUUAUAUCAAUAUGUCCGAUUGCAAAGCUAUGGUUAACAUGAAGGUUUUUGAUAACCUGCUAUAUUGACCUACCUGCUAUCUUUGUAAAUAUACCUUGCAUUCUUGCUUCCGACAUGCUUAUAUAACCUUGUGUAUAGUUUUCCACCUUAUAUAGUGAAUAUACAAGUAUAUUUUA